AUGGCUUUCACAGUGUACACCGUGUUUAUGGCCGUCCUGGGUGUGCUUUUGGCCCAGAAGUGCGACCAGUGCAGCGAUGCUGGCGAUCAGGCAUCCUUACUCCAAUCGAGUUUCUCCCAGCCGCACAAGGUUCUGAAGCAUCUGCUCAAGCGGAGGCGUGGCUAUGGGAUGACCUUCGACCUCCCCACGCUUAGUCAGGCUGACAUCGAUACGAUCACGCAGAACUGCAAGGCCGGGGUGGAUCAGGUGAUGUCAGGUCUCCGCACGGUGGACGGUCAGCCGGUGAAGGUUGUGAUGCAGAUCGUGAUCAUGCCCCGGGCCACGCCAAACAAGUUUGUGGCUUUGUGGGACGUUGGCGCCCGAGAACAUGACUCGGCCUUCUUGGGCAGCCGGGACAUUGCCCGUGCAAAGGCUUACACGGCGCUGGCCUUCAGCUCCAACGAGAACUCCCUUAGCAGCGGCUCAAUUGGUUUUCUGGCCAAUGACGGCGGGGUCCUCCCGGGGAUCGAGAGUACCAACCGCCAGACGGGUGCCGGCGUGGCCACAUUUGGAGGUGGAUUUCCCCUUUACAACCAGGAAGGCAAGCUGAUUGGGGCUGUGGGCGUCAGUGGUGAUGGUGUUGGUCAGGAUGAGCAGGUGGCCCUGGCCUGCUCCAUGGGGUAUGAGACGCCUUUGACGCCGGGGCCCAAUUACACGCAGCCAGGCGUCAUGAACCCGCUCGCCGCCAUGUACUCCCCUUCCGCGUCUUCGAACUGA